UGAGGGGCGAGCGGCUGAGGGCCCAGGGAGCUGGUGGGCAGGCUUGACUGCUCCGCCCGUCCGUCAGCACCAUGAUGAAAUAUGCGCCGGACAUCAAAAAGUCCCCACCGCACCUCCUGAAGAAAUUCGCAGCGUGCAACAUUCCUCUGUACGACAUCUGUGACUACAACGUCUCCAGGGACUAGUGCAAGGAGCUCGAGUGCUGCUUUUACAAAGGCGUCUGCUACGAGAAAGCAGUUCCCAGUUACGUGCAGGUGUUCUCUGCCUUGAUUGUGAUCGUCGCGAGGGCCGUCAUCAUCACCAUUAUCUACAGAGUUGUUCAAGAGAGCAGGAGAGAGAAGGAGACAAUCCCAGACGUCACGGUCCCGUUCAAGUCCAGCGAGAAAGUCGAGGUGGUCACAACCAGCGAUGAGCUGGCGCCGUAGCCUUCCAGCGUCGGGCCCUCAAAGAAGAGUGGCGAGACCGAGGAGGAGGAGGAGGUAACAUUAACACUAUCAGAAGCCGAAGAAACGGAGGAUUGA